AUGAAGUACUACGAGUCCCUGCCCGAGGUAUCCAACCAGCAGCUGGAGACCUACGACGCAGACUACAGCGUCACCAGCACCGGCAUCGACGAACAAUGGCUCUCGCGCAUUCCUGAUCUUGCAGUACUGCCUGCCGCGGGUUACGCUGUAGUGCCCGCCUACAACGUGCCUGAGUUGAAGGGGCUGACGUUGGUGCUCAACUUCGACACCAUCGCUGCCAUCUAUCUCAACAAGCUGACAAUGUGGAACGAUACCAGAAUCAAGGACAUCAACUCGCCCGAGGUGGCCGCUGCACUCCCGGCCCAACCCAUCACAGUGAUAACGUCAGCCGACAGUUCCGCGCCCGAGCAGCUGUUCACCUACAUGCUGAGCGCGGAGGUGCCAGAGUUCAACGCCACGGUAACCACGCAGCUCUUUGCCAUCAUGCGCGCGCCGUGA